CACCUUCUUUAAUUGAUUUAGUCGGCAUUGAACCUCUUAUCAGAUUCUUGGUAUUACAAGGAAGAAAUAGGACUAAGAUGCCUUCUCAAAACACAAUGCUGCUGGCCGACCCACAGGAUGACGUUGAGUUGAGGAAUCUGGCUGUUGUUGAUCCUUUAGAUCGGACCUUGAGCAAGGACACCAUCUAUACUGAGGAGACUGUGGAGACCAGUACUGGACCUGUUCUUGUCGCCUUCGCUGGGGACAGAACUAAACCUGCUCUGCUGACUUAUCAUGAUCUUGGUCUUAACUACGUCUCAAACUUCCAGGCAUUUUUCAACUAUCCUGAGAUGAAAGAAAUCUGUCAGUCAUUCUGCGUUUUCCACGUCAAUGCACCAGGACAGGAAGAAGGAGCUCUCCUGUUCCCAGAGGAGUGUGAGUUCCCCACCAUGGAACAGUUAGGAGAACAGAUCCAGGAAGUGUUGAAUCAUUUUAGCCUGGUUCGGUAUAUUGGUAUUGGAGUUGGGUUGGGAGCUAACGUUCUGGUCAGGCAUGCUCUUGCCUACCCGGAGCGUGUUGACUGCCUCAUGUUAAUCAACACCCAGACCACUAAGGCUGGUUGGAUGGAGUGGGGAUAUCAGAAAAGAAAUGUCUCACAUCUCAGAACUACUGGAGUUACCCAACCUGUUCUUGAUUAUCUACUCUGGCAUCAUCUUGGACAGGAUUAUACUGAGAGAUCACAUGACCUAGUUAAUGUUUACAAACAUUACUUCGAAAAGGAUGUUCAGGGAAUUAAUCUGGCUAAACUAGUUGAGCAGUUUAUCUGGAGAACAGAUAUUCCCCUGGAUAGACUAGGAGCUACACUAGAGGUUCCAGUUUUGAACCUUGUUGGAAUAUAUUCUCCUUUUAUUGACGAUACUGUUACAUUUAACGGUAGACUGGCACCAAGCAAGACGAACUGGAUUAAGAUUCAGGAAGCAGCAAUGGUACUAGAAGAGCAGCCAGGAAAGGUAUCUGAAGCUUUCCGGCUGUUUCUACAGGGACAGGGCUAUUGUCUCAAGAUCAGGAAAAUUGCAGUUCAGUGAGACGGAAAAUAUUUUCGGCAUUCUCUUAACUCCGGGGAGAAUUACUUGAACUUGUAGUUUUAUCAAUCCCCUCUGUAGUAGCAUCAAGGGGGUAGUACACUGUACAGUGUUAAUGUACUGUUUUGAUAAUUGUACUCUUCGUACUGUACGUAUUUGUGAAACACUUAACACUUCUCUCAAAAUAUGUACACUGCACACUCUACAAUUAUGAGCGUACAAACAUACAGUCCCCCUCGUUGCUAUCGUAGUAACCCAAUUUUAGUACUCACUACUCAGCCCUGAUCUCACAAUUUUUAUCAAUUUUAUCGAAUUUAAGCGCAACAAACUUGAUGAAUUAAUGUAUUUUAUGCUUACUUGGCGUAGAAUAGUAUAAGCAAGAAUUGUAUUUUGUGCUCCUAAUUUCUACUCUGUACUCUGUAUUCGAACCUGUACUCUGUACUUUGUACUUGGUAUUUGUGAAAAUUAUGUAUCGGAAUUCACGAAACCCCCUUUUUUUAAUGGAAAAUUUUAUUACAAACAUAACUAUUCUUUUCGAAUCUUGUUCGUUUUUUAUAUUUGUGAAUUUACACAAAUAAUGAUGACUCGCGAAGCCGUAAUUUAUUUGAAUCUCGGGAAAUCUGCAAUCUGAAAUAAUCUUUUUAUGACAAAGUAAAUAUUUUCUCCUCCCCCCGCCCCCCUUAUUUAAUAAUAAUGAAUUAUUGUUAAACUGACUACUUAGUUCUUAUUUUAAUUAUUAUCUUCUGGUUUUUUUGUCCUUUUAUAAAACAUUGUAUUGAGAAUAUUUGGUUGUAUUUGUACAUGUGUAAAGUUUCAAUUUAUAAACGGUACAUAACUCAUUUUCAGUACAACUACAUCAGUACAAUUGUAAAAAUAAAGUUUAUCUAGCUCAUUUAAGAAUAUUUGAUGUACUUAAAUUUCAUAAAUGCAAAUAUAAAAUAUUGAGAAUUCUAAAAAUAAUUUUUAAACAUUGCAUUAAUGACUUUUAAGUUCACCAUAAAGAAUUCUAUAACCUAGAUUUUAAACACUAUUGGAUGAUCUUUAGUUGGAUUAUUUUACUCUGUUCAGAAAAUGCGCGGAGAGUUGGUUCAACUUUUUUUCAUCGAAAAAGGGUUUUAAAGGGUCUUUCUAUUUUGAAACUAAUAUGUGGAAGUAUACGAUUUUAAUAAAAAACAAACAUUUUAAACUUUUUACUAAAAAUAAUACGCUUCAAUCAACCAUGAAGGAACUUCUUUAACACCUAAAAUUUUUGACAAUUUCUUAUUUUCUGCCAUUUGUCUAAUCUCGAGUAAAUAUUUUUAACCUAGAAAGGUCAGCCAAUAGCGUAUAGGUAGGGAUUGGCAAGUUUUUUAUAAAUCGUUUUGAAGUUUUCAUUAGCUAGGACUAAACAAAUUCUAUUGGAGAAAUCUUAUUCGAAAAUAUGUUCGUAUUUUAAAAGAUUAAAGAAUCAAAGCAAUCUUCAAAACGAAUUUAAAAAAAACUAAAACAAUGCCCAUCUCUACUCGUAGAUUUGUAAUAGUUUCCGUUUUGUCAGAGUACACUUAGAGCUUGCAGGAUGCAAUAGGAUUAAGAUAUAAUAUGUAAACACCUAUUUAAUAACAUUUAACUAGUUGCAUGUAAUUACUACGACAAAUAAAAUAUUGGAAUAUUAA